CGCAAGCCCCGCGCCGCCAGGCCCAGGCAGCGAGUCGCACGCGAGCCCCUGCCCGGCGCCAGCCCGCCGCGCACGCAUGGAGGGGAGCGCGAGUUCCCCGAGCCGGCCUGGCGCCCGCCCGGGGAGGGCCGUGCUGUGCCGCGGCCCCGUGGAGCCGCUGGUCUUCCUGGCCAACUUUGCCUUGGUCCUGCAGGGCCCGCUCACCACGCAGUACCUGUGGCACCGCUUCAGCGCCGACCUUGGCUACAAUGGCACCCGCCAAAGGGGGCGUUGCAGCAACCACAGCGCGGACCCCACCAUGCAGGAAGUGGAGACUCUUACCUCCCACUGGACUCUCUACAUGAACGUAGGCGGCUUCCUGGUGGGGCUCUUCUCGUCCACCCUGCUGGGAGCCUGGAGUGACUGUGUGGGCCGCCGCCCGCUGCUGGUGCUGGCCUCACUCGGCCUGCUGCUCCAGGCCCUGGUGUCCGUCUUUGUGGUGCUGCUGGAACUCCAUGUCGGCUACUUUGUGCUGGGCCGCAUCCUCUGUGCUCUCCUAGGCGACUUCAGUGGCCUUCUGGCUGCUAGCUUUGCAUCCGUGGCUGAUGUCAGCUCCAGUCGUAGCCGCACCUUCCGAAUGGCCCUGCUGGAAGCGUGCAUCGGCGUGGCCGGGAUGCUGGCGAGCCUCCUCGGGGGCCAUUGGCUCCGGGCCCAGGGUUAUGCCAACCCCUUCUGGCUGGCCUUGGCCUUGCUGAUAGUCAUGACUCUCUAUGCGGCUUUCUGCUUUGGUGAGACCUUGAAGGAGCCAAAAUCCACCAGGCUCUUCACACUCCGUCACCACCGAUCCAUUGUCCAGCUGUAUGUGGCUCCGGCCCCAGAUAAAUCCAGGAAGAAUUUAGCCCUGUACUCAUUGGCCAUCUUCAUGGUGAUCACUGUGCACUUUGGAGCCCAGGACAUCCUGACUGUCUAUGAGCUGAGCACACCCCUCUGUUGGGACUCCAAACUAAUCGGCUAUGGUUCUGCGGCUCAGCACCUCCCCUACCUCACCAGCCUGCUGGGCUUGCGGCUCCUGCAAUACUGCCUGGCUGAUGCCUGGGUGGCAGAGAUUGGCUUGAUCUUCAACAUCCUGGGGAUGGUGGUCUUUGCGUUUGCUACCAUCACACCCCUCAUGUUCAUAGGGUAUGGUUUGCUCUUCCUGUCUUUAGUCACCACACCUGUCGUCCGGGCCAAGCUCUCCAGGCUGGUGAGCGAAUCAGAGCAGGGUGCCCUCUUUUCUGCUGUGGCCUGUGUCAAUGGCCUGGCCAUGCUGACGGCCUCUGGCAUCUUCAACUCACUCUACCCAGCCACUCUGAACUUCAUGAAGGGGUUCCCCUUCCUCCUGGGAGCUGGCCUCCUCUUCAUCCCGGCCAUUCUGAUUGGGAUGCUGGAAAAGGCUAAUCCUCACCCUGAAUUCCAGCAGUUUUCCCAGAGCCCCUGAUUUUCCUGGACCAGAGGAUAGAGGGCAGGAGGAUCAGUGAACGUGAACCAACCGGAAGUCUGCACCUGGGAUCCCAGCCCACAGAGGCACUAGCUGCUCCCCUCAAAGCGCAGCACUCACCUUGGACAAAGUGGUCAAGCUAGACUAAGGCACCACCUCAUCCACAGCUGAGCCAGCCUCCCACUAGGAUCUAGAAUCAUAACCCAGAUAGGCCCACCCAGGGCAGGCAGCAGGGGAGCCAUUUGGGACAGCAGUCUGUUCACCCUUUUGCCAUCUGUCACUUAGAUCCCUCCAGGACAGAGGAGAGGUCCUGAUGGAAGUGACACUUCAGGAGUCAGGUGAAGCAUGAGGGCUGAUGUGGUUCCUUCCAUCCCAAACUGCACGUUCCCUGGUAAUAGGUUCCUGAUGUGUGCAGCAGCUACCAGUCACUCCUCAAUGAUGGGUGUGUUACCUGGUCAGUGCCAGCCUUGGGAGGGAGAACAGUGCCGCUGUCGUGGUUGGGGACAGAGUGCCAGUUGUAAUAAAUCUGUUAAAUCAUA